AUGACACCACCUCCAAUCGACCGUCAAACCACAACCCCCUUCCACCUCAAGCUCUUCUACCGACUCAACAACUACCACCAUCUCUCCGACUUCUCCUCAUCAGCCCCCUCCUCAUCCUACAGCGGUUUUACAAGCGGCCCCAACGCCAUCCGCACGCGCAGUCCCCCACCACCACAACAACUCCCUCCCCACCUCCAAAUCUACACCUGGCAAUCAUGCACUCUCCGCGAACUCUCCCACCUCCUGACCUCCGCGCUACCUAGUCUGCUUCCUGACCCGCCGGUCGGUACGCGCCUCUGCUUCCGCCUCAUAUACCCGGACACCAAAGGCGCCGCGACAAUGGGGCCCGACGCGCGGGGCAGAUAUCUCGCGAAGGAUUUGGGGAGUGUGAUUAUCGGUCCGAGGGAGAGUGCGAUUGCGAAUGGUGGGGAUGAGGAUGAGGAUGCGAAUGGGGAGGAAGGGGGCCAGAGGAAAGGGAGUGGUGCUGGAGCAGCAGGGAGGUUGAGGAUCCAAGGCAAUGAUGCGGAUAAGACGUUGCAGGAGGCAAGGUUCGUCAUUGGAGAUUAUGUUGAUUGUGCGGUACUUCCGCCGCUUGAGGAUGGGUCUGUGGCGCCGCCGGUUAAUCCCGGUCGGGGG